AUGAAUAAUACUAAUUCAAUUUACGGAUUAUUAUACAACACUGACAGCAAUGAAAACAAUAUCGAUUCAAAAAUGUUUAUGUAUAAUAAUAAUAACAAUUAUAAUAAUAUCAACGAUGAAAAAUAUAAAUCAAGUCAAUUCCAUUAUAUGGAUGUAAUUCAAGAAGAAAAUAAAGACGAUGAUAAUAUUAAUAACAGUUUAAAUAAUUAUUACAAUAAUGAUCUCAAUAACGGUUAUUAUAAUGGAGUUACGUCGAAACCAGAUAUCUCACGUGAUAGCGCUAGCCAUCUACCACUGUCUUCUUCUGGAGAUGAUAAAUUGAUUUAUGGGCAUUAUUAUACUAGCCAGUUUAAAGAUGAUGCAUUACUUGAUCAAUAUGCUGAAUCUGUUGAUAGGUAUGGAUUUGAAGUUAAUAAAGGCAAGAAAGAAGAAUCAAAAUCAUUUGAUAAUAAAAGAACAGAAAAAAAGAAAAAGGAAAUUGAAAGAUCACAAAAAUGGGCAAGUUGGCUUACAAAAAGUAAAAGUAUCUCUCGAUCAGGAAAAUAUGGUGAAACAUCUUAUCAAUUUAUAUGGGACAAAAAAUUUGUGGAAAGAGUUUAUAAAGGCAUACCUGAUCCUUGGAGAGGCAAAGUUUGCUUGUCAUCGAUCCAUGAAAAGUAUAUAGAUUUAGAUGUACCUAGAACAUUACAAUCGCACAUAAUGUUUAAAACAAGAUAUGGACCUGGACAAAGAUCAAUGUUUAACGUAUUGAAAGCUUUCUCAAACUAUGAUCAACAAGUCGGUUUUUGUCAAGGAAUGGCUAAUAUUGUAGCAAUAUUAUUAUUGUAUUAUUCCGAAGAGGAUUCUUUUGUAAUGUUGAUAAAAUUAUUUUCAAAAUGUAAUUUACAUAGUCUUUACGUGCCUGGUUUCCCUUCCUUGAUGGAAGGUUUUUAUAUCCAAAAGAAAUUAAUGGAAUUAUAUGUACCAAAAUUAACAAGCCGUUUUGUAUGCAAAUAA